AUGGCGGCUGCUGGCAAAGGAAAAUCUGAGGGCCUUUUAGGUAUUACUCAAAGCGACGCCAGGAUUCUCCUUCUGGGCAUCCUCUCCGCAGACAACGCAGGGAAGAUUGAUUUCAAGAAACUCUCUGUUAUUGCUCCCUACAAAAACCCUGCCACCGCUUACAGCGCGUACCGUCAGGCAAGGAAGAGGUUUUAUGCUGCAAAUGGCACUGUAGAUCCCAGUUCAUCUGGGGCGCAGGCAACUCCGCCCAAGAAAGCCCCGGCGAAGAAAAAGGGCGCCGCUGCGGCUGUCGACAGUGAUUCUGCCAACGAAAAUGACGAUUCCCUUGUCGAAGGCGCAGAGCCUGUCUCUCCAUCUCCGACUCCCAAACCAAAGCGCCAGCGCAAGACCGCCCCCAAGCCGCAAGUUGUUAUCGAGAACGAAGCUGAAAUGGAUCAUGACUCUGACGAUUCCUCCCUCAAGCCUGAGCAGAAACAGCUCGAGGCAGACCUCACCAACGCCAUCAAAGCCGAGGGCCAAUACACCCCAAGACUUCAUCGCUGGAAAACCGAUGAAGAACAAAUCAUGACGGACAUCAACCUCGAUGCUGAAUUCGAGGAAAUGGAGCGCAACAAGCAGUUAUCUGAAGCCCGGCGUAGCAGUGCAAAGCUUGCUCCUUUGCCUGAAUAG